AUGAUGAUAUUCAGCAGCGUAACGAUGGACAACAGCGUGAGGGCCAUCCAUUUCACCACCUACAGCGUGAGGGUGAUCAGCAGCGUGUGGAAUAUCAACUGCAUCAUGAUGAUCAGCAGCGCAAUGAUGAUAUACAGCGAGAGGACGAUCUACAGCGUGUGGAAGAUCAACCACGUAAUGAAGGAUGAUCAGCAGCGUAAGGACGUCCUUCAGCGUGUGGACGAUCAACAGCGUGAGGAUGAUCGACAACGUGAGGGCGAUCAACAGAGUGAUGCCAAUCGGCAGCCUGAAGACGAUCAACGGCGUGUGGACGAUCAGCAGCGAAAAGGACGCUCAACAGCGAGGGUAUGUUCAAUCUACAGCGCAAGGGUGAUCAAGAGCGAACUGAUCCUCAACAACGUGUGGACUAUCAACAGCGUGAGGACGAACACCUACCUGAUCACGAUCAACAGCGCGUGGGCGAUCAGCAGCGUGAGGAUGAUUAACAGCGUGUGA